UGGCUGCCCAGUAGAUGCAUAUCGGCUGGUUUGUGAACAAGCUAUAGUAGAGGUUGUUUCGCCCGUCUAUUUACCUGGUCCCCAAUCUGGUGCCCUUUUUCGCUAGGUCUUCUCUGAAGAUCUCCAUAUCACCCCUAAUCACCCACUGACCCGGGCGUCUUUGUUUCAGCGUUCCGAUCUGACGUUAAGGUCACCUUAAGCCACCCGACCAGGUUGUCUACCAGUAUCCUGGGGACAGAAGACACGGAAGCUGGACCCAGAGCUUUCUGUAGCAGACCACCCGCUGGAAGGGCCAUAAAGCCAUAAACAACCGCAUUAACCCGGAGAACCCAUGUUGUUGUGCUCAGCUGAUUCUGUGAUUGUACAAACGUGUGAAUUACCUGGGAUCCAUAAAUAACAAUGACUGCAAAGUAGGGAAUUCAUACCUUUUGACACCUGCAGCAUUGUCUUGGCAUUCGACAAACAAGAUGCGGAGGUAAAACGUCAGAUGUAUGCACAUGUGCUACGUACUUUAUUCUGAACGUGAAGGUUUACUGAAACCAGGAAUAUCUUUCCAAGCUUUUUCUGCGGGAAUACCUGUGAUUUAGGCUUGAAGAUUCCAUUGAAAGGGCAAAACGGAAUACAGACGUUUGAGACUGGAUGCCAAAGCACCAAGUACCAUUUUUAUGCCCUCUAGAACAUUCCCAAAAAGUAUCUGCAUGGUCGCUUUUCUUACCCCGUAGUUUGGAUAAAGUUGAAUACUGGAGACCAUUCAAGGGGAUUAAAAGAAAACAAGUGAUACUUUGAAUAAGCGAAAGAGCUCUUUGUCAUCAUUUUCCAGACGACCCUUGAUAUCAUCUAAUUAUUUAGGAGUCCCUCAAUGGUACAAGUUUGGUAAAAAUACCUUCUGUAAAGAGUGAAGUUAUUAUACACCCGUACUUAAAACUGAAACUGUUUAUCCUUGCCUUCGCAAUUUGAAAUGGGUAAAACCUUAUUCUAAAGCCGCAGAAAGGAUUAAGGUUUACAGUAAUAAUUGCAUGCCAAACAAAACUGGCAAGCCAUUCCGUGCCAUAUGAAAAAUAUCUUUGCUUGUCUUUAGCAACCACAGGCAAUAUUUCAGAGAACUCUAAAAAUUCCUGUAAGUUUAUAUUAGGCAUACUCCUUGAAGAGAAUAUGGCCUGUAUGGAAAUUUGGCCAUCGGGUGAAAACAGUACCUGAUAUAAGAAAUAGGUGCUUCUGCUGGUGUGGACAAGUGGAAUAUUUUGUUGCAGAUUUUAGAGAAAUUAAGUUAGGUUGAAUGGUAUAGGUGGAAGCUCUCCAAAACUGUUGGAUACUACAUAAGUGUUUCUCUUGCUGGUGUUAAAUCGAUGAAAAAGUUAACUUCUGUUGGAAAGUCAGUCUAUUGAAUUUGGUAGCAAUGAAUUGGACCAUGAAGCAUUCAGCUGCAGUUGAACGGUUUACAAACGUGAGUACAAUGUUGUAUAUGAAGUGGUAACCCUCCAGUAACGUGAAAGACUCCUCGUACAAUAAGGGCUUCGUGAUAUUGUAUAUAUCCAGUUUACACCACACAAAAAGACUAUACUAUAUAUAUUGAGAGACUAUACAGAGGCUUCCGUGACGUGUCCGAUCUUUGAUGUUGUACACUGGGAUCCACUGAUGGUUUACGGGAUGCCAGGACCGGCCAAGAGGCUCUGCCAAGACGGUGACAUUAGCACGUCCAUGUUGAUCGGCCUGACCAGGGAACAUCUGGAAGGGGACGAGCUCGCUGGAGUGAACCUCACUAAACCCAGCAUGAAGUCACACGUUCUGAGUGCCGACGUCAAACCAGAACCUUCCAGUAUGGACCAUCUGGAAUUGUCAGAAGACGACAGUGUCGCGGACGAUGAAGAUGAGAAAGGUGAUUAUACUCUCAUAUCGGGCAAAGACGAGGCUGAGACAAACGGAAGUGGUCACCCGAAAAAAUCCGUGGCUCAGAUUAUGAGGGACAAGAAGAAACAAACGGCGUUGACACUGCAGUGGCUGGACGAAAAUUACUGCAUUUGUGAAGGAGUUUGCUUGCCGAGGUGUAUACUGUAUGCUCAUUACCUCGACUUCUGCAGACGAGAAUCGCUUGAACCCGCAUGCGCGGCCACCUUCGGCAAGACGAUUCGUCAGAAAUUCCCUCACUUAACUACCAGAAGACUGGGUACCAGAGGUCAUUCCAAAUAUCACUAUUACGGUAUUGGAAUCCGGGAAACGAGUCAGUACUAUCAUUCUGUAUACUCCGGCAAAGGCCUUACCAGAUUUUCUGGCUGCAAAUUAAAAAGCGAGGGUGGCUUCACACGAAAGUACUCGCUAAGUUCGAAGACAGGAACCCUUCUGCCAGACUUUCCAAGUGCUCAGUAUUUGAUACUUCCUCUCUCUUUGUCUCGGGAAAAGGUGGAGACGUUCGUAAUGAUGUACAAGACCCAUUGCCAGUGUAUACUGGACACGGCUAUUAAUGCCAAUUUUGAAGAGAUUCAGAACUUCUUGCUGCACUUCUGGCAAGGUCUGCCAGAACAUUUACUUCCUCUGGUGGACAAUCAAGUGAUCGUGGACUUGGUGUGUGUAUGUGAUUCUGUUCUCUACAAGGUUCUCACUGAAGUGCUCAUCCCUGCCACAAUGCAAGAAAUGCCAGAAACUUUACUCUGCGACAUUAGGAAUUUUGCCAAACACUGGGAAAACUGGGUAACUUCCGCUCUGGAGAAUUUACCGGAUCUACUAACCGAUAGCAAACUUCCGGUGGCGCGCCGUUUUGCACAGGCUUUGAAAAGACAGACGUCAUUCUUGCAUUUAGCACAAACUGCUCGUCCGGUGCUGUACGACCCUAACCUGGUCAAUCAGAUGAUAUCAGACGUUGACAGAAUAGAUCUGAGCAGUAUAGGAUCCCAGGCCCUCUACUCCAGCACGGACACCGACACCGCCGAUUUGGACCUAAAUGCUGAAUUUCUUCGAGAGUUCAAGGAGCUGUUACGUAAACAGGCCACUGUUGAAGCCUUCACGGAGUGGCUGGAUGCAGUUGUUGAACAGAAAGUUAUCAAGCCUAGCAAACAAAAUGGCCGCUCCUUUAAGAAGAGAGCGCAAGAAUUUUUACUCAAGUGGUCAUUUUUCGGUGCGAGAGUCAUGCAUAAUUUAACCCUGAACAACGCUCAAAGUUUCGGCUCGUUUCACUUGAUCCGGAUGUUACUCGACGAAUAUGUGUUGCUGGCAGUGGAGGCUCAGUUACAUAACGAGAAGGAGCAGGAACUGAACACCUGUAUGGAGAAACACAUGAAGACAGAUGAAUUGGGCUCCCGGCCAAACAUUUCCACCACCCCUGGAACAUGUUUCCUUGCCAACCGACCGACGAGCGUGUCCAAGGGUGGACUGGUUACCACCCCCGUGAAGAGAGAGCACUGCCUAGACCAGGGAUUGGAUGAUGACCCCUACGGUUCCCUGCACACCCCAGACCGCGACCCCUUCACUAGCCCUAACCACCUCAAUCACCUGUCAGUCAUGACUCAGGCUGUUAAUGGUGCAAAUCAUCCCCUGACGCCCCCGAUAUCCCCAAUAGUUGUCAACCCAAUGAGAGGUAGUGUCAUCAACCAAUGCCUGUCCUACCCAAGUGCCAGCCAGUCAACAAUGAUGCCUCAUGGAUACCCUUAUAUCAAUCAACAAGAUACGUACGGGAGUUUAUGUAGUGGUUAUUCUGGAGGGUACGGGAGUAGUUCCUAUAGCAGCCCCUUCCGGUCAGCCUACAACUCAAGCCCUUAUUCUAUGAAGGGUGACCUUGACCCCGGCUAUCCUUACCUUGACCCCCAGUUCUCGGCUGACCCCUAUUAUUCUUCACCACUGGGUCCUUACCCUACUGGUGCACAGCCAAACUACGGGAACAGCACCGUACACGCUCAGACCGGAAGUGCUUUCAAUGUUGUUCAAAGUGGUUCAUCCUACGGCGGCUAUACAGGUCUGGGGUCACCGGACUAUUUCGGGUACAGCCAGCCGACCAAGCCUUUGGUAGAGCAUGUCUCUGUGAUACAACCCAGAAUGGGAGCCGGGAGUCAUUUCCAUCAUACCGAAAUCAGCGACCCCCUCAAUUUGCUGGACAAACCAGCCAGGCACAAAGACCUCGGCCAUGUCUUCUCCAAUGGCAACCCGGCCAGCUGUCACAGUCCACGGGUUCCAGUUGUCCAGUCAACGUCUGACGCUAUCGGUUCUGCGGGUGACUUGCUGGACAUGGCGGUAAACGGCAUGAUGGGAGACCACGAGAUGGCGCCACCGUACACAGACCCAGGGCCCCUUCCAUCAAUAAACACAGUGUUCAUGAGCUGAAAACUACAUACGGAAAAGCCUUAUUAUUUAUAAUGUUGCUGAAUGUAGUUAACACGUGAUUAUAAUGAAUGCAGAAGAGAUAUAUUUAUCAUUACCCUCUUCAUUUGUAGUCACACACUUUUUUAGACAAGAUGGCGGAUAUUAUGUGGCAUGCUGAGUACUUAUUUAUUGCCAUUUUGUAGACAUUAUGUUUAUCAUGAAUGAUUUGAAAACUGUCACUAGAUGACAGGGUGCACUGUUUUAAGCUUUUGCUUUCCGAGCUAAAGAUGUUAAGAAUGCCACUGAAAAGACUUCGGCGCCAGUUGUAUUGCAACGCUGUUGUUUGGAUGAUUUGUAAUUAUGUGUACUUUUAUCCAGUGUUUAUGUUUCAGCAUCCAAGGCCUAUAAUUAUUAGGGUUACAUUGAUGUGUGAACUUACCAUAAAAGUGAAAUGUAUUGUAAGAUACAAAAUUUUCAGACAUGAAGUAAUUACCCCAAAAUUUAAUAAUAUUUACAAAAGAUGACCGUCAGGUGAUUGGUAAAUGUAUAUACAUGGACCUUUGUCUUCCUAUUGCCUUUUGUUGUCCAAGGACAAUAAAGGGCAUCAGAGACAUAAGAGAAGUUGCAUAUUAUAACUUCUGACUCCAAACUUGAAUUAGUUUACCUAUCUAAUUUGAGCUCAUGCUGACUUCCUCUCCGGACGUAUAUGAGAAGGUCUGGCAACAACCUGCGGAUGGUCUCUCCCCGGAUUCCUCCUACCAUAAUGCUUGUCGCCGUUGUAUAAGUUAAAUAUUCUUGAGUACGACAUAAAACACCAAUGAAAUAAAUAAAUAAAUAAAUUCUAGUUUGACGUUACAAGUAACAUGUUGAACUUUUAACUAACAGGUCUGUGUCCAAUCCUAGCGCAUACUGCACGUGGAUCAAACAGAUGCAUGGAAUUAUUCAUAAUCAUUGUACCAUAUAUAUUCAUAUCGAGAUACAGAUGCCCUUAUUCCCCUUAUUUAUUUAUUUAUUUAUUCAUGCCUUAAAUGGCUUGGUGCUUUAUGUCAUACAUGUACGGUAUACCCAAGAGUAUUUCACAGGUCAUCUUCAUGGGCUGCGAAAACUGGGAAAAGCCAAGGAAAAGUAUUUUUAAAUUAUGGGCCUGUGUAUAUAUUGGGAAAUGAGUAGUGAUCUGUGAGUAGACUAUAAGUCUGAACCCUCACAAAUUCUUUAGGCAUUCAUUUGCAUCGUACAGAGAGGACAACGUAUAUAUAAUCAGACCUAAUGGGGCAUAUAAUCUCACCAUAUCGAAAUGCCUUGCAAACGUUAUAUUGUUACAAUAUGUUGGAGGUGAGUCGUCGUGAUUUGUACAUACCAAUACAUUCGAGGCAGCUCGCUCCUGUGCUUUUUUCCAGAUGCGGCAGACAAUUCACUUUUUGUAAGCAAAGAAAUCUGUGGCAGUUUUAGAAAGAAAAUGUACCACACUUUAUCUUUGGCGAAACUGAGAAAAGGUCUUUUGCAAAGGAUCACCUAAAAGGUAAUAGAGAGACUUUUUUCAUCCCUUUGAAGUGGCUUAUUCCAUAUAUUAUGCGAGAGAAUAUCCCACACCACCUUCCGGUACCACGUUUGCAAAGCAAGUGGAAUUCCACUUUACACUAGGAAGAGUGGGCUAAUUUCAGUGUACACUAUAUUGACAACACCACGAAGAGUUUAAAACCAGAGCAACGACGUGUGAUAGUUGGAAAUGGUUACACGCACUGCGAUGAAAUACGGUCUCUUGUUGAUUUACCUCAGUAACUCUUAAUAUAAAUACUUAAACAGCAGCAAUGUACACGUUCCCUAGUACCAUGGGUUAAGCACAAUUAGGUAAAUAAAAUGCACUGAUGUUAAUUACAAUUUAUUAUUAUUAUCCAUUGGUCUAGAAUUAUGGCCUAGAACUGUUUUGAUAUGAUCACAUUUAUAAACGGUAAAAUGAACACAAUGUAAAGAGACCAGACCAUGAGAUCUCGUGGUCCAAAAUCAGAAUCCUGAUUCAUGCAAUUACAGACAACAUACGAGGCUAGUGACCCAUGUAGGAGGUUAUUGCAAAACACUAUUAUGGGAGUGUUUGAUCAAACGGAUCCAUUCAAUUUGUUUCAAAAGCGUUUAUGGCUGAAGUCUGAUGUUAUCGCUGUGACAAAAAUUGCUCAUUAGAGUGGGUAACUUAAUGUAUGAUAUUGGCAACAUUUCAUGUGAUUCAUAUCGAAUACAGUAUUGUUUAGUGCAAUGAUAAAUAAUUCAGCGCUAUUCCGACUAUUCACAGCAACAACAAAAAAAGGUGAGGGACACGGAUGCUUAAGCAAGCCCCAGAUACCAGAUACCGAGGUAAAAAGGUUUCUAAACUAAAAUAACGAAUCAAUUAACGUAUAAUCACUUAGCAUGAUCGUCUAUUUAUUACUCUAUGUAUUCCCUAGGAACUAUAUGAUAAAAACUGUAUAAAGUUAAUAGAAAGUCCGGUUGAUUUUGUGUAGCAGCAUUUUUUCUCUUUCAAAAUAUCAUAUUUGUUACUGGUAUGUCCUCGUCUUAUUAAACAGUUGAAGGCUGGACGUCAGUCUCCACUGUAGCUGGUAUGCUCGUGUCCCAUUAAACAGUCCCAGGUUGGACGUCAGUCUCCGCUGUAGCUGGUGUGCCCUUGUCCCAUUAAACCCCUACAGCGUCAUUCUCCGCUGUAGCUGGUGUGCCCUUGUCCCAUUAAACAGUCCCAGAUUUGACGUCAGUCUCCGCUGUAGCUGGUGUGCCCGUGUCCCAUUAAACAGUUCCAGGUUGGACUUCAGCCUCCACUGUAGCUGGCGUGUCCGUGUCCCAUUAAACAGCUUCCUGUUCCAGCUUGGACGUCAGUCUCCACUCGUUUGGUGGAGUCGGAUAGAGCCUCACUGCAUGUCCCCAUCGCCAUCGUAUGUGUUAAUAAACGUGGCUAAAAUAAUAAAAUGAACAAAAGCUACACAGAUUGCCUAUUUCUUGAGAUGUGCGAGAAAAGCUUAGAUUAGAUAAAUUAGCCCUUGCGAAUCUGUCAUCACCGUUGUCAUCCAGUCAUUGACCAAGUUACUCAUUUUUUUCUGAUUCUCAGACUUCUAGUGAUCUUUUAAUAGUGUUUUAAGAGUUUUGUUUGGAACAUAAGUUUCAUCACCGAAAGUAAUUUUCAUGACAUAUUUUGCCUUUCGACAUGCAACUGUAGGAAAUGUAUAGGGUAAUAAAGAUGUUAUAUCGGAAAACAUUGUAUUGUAGAAAUGAGUUGAUUUUUUUCUGCAUGUGUGAUACAAAGGUUCGACACGUUUACAAGUAAAUAUAUGUUUGUGUGUAUGUUUUUUAGAUUUCAAAGUCAAUACUUAAUUUGCUGUUAAAAUUAGUGAGUUUAUUUUCCUAGGGGUGUGUUUAAUGAGCCUUUCGCCGGAAGCUGGGUAGAUCUGAAGGUGUAUAUAUGAAUGAAUAAAGAAUUAUACUUCAUGAUAAUCAAUAAACAUCUUAUCACUGUGAAUAUCUCUGCAUUCUGGUGGCUGUUUUUAGUUGUUUGUGCUUAACAAAA